GCAAAUUGUUGAUUGCAGCGUAGCUUUUGGGAAUCAGGGAUGUACUGGUGGAUCUUUAAGGAAUACCCUUAAAUAUUUAGAAGCGACGGGUGGAUUGAUGCGCGAACAGGAUUAUAAAUAUGUGUCAAAGAAGGAUAAAUGUCAAUUUGCCGCUGAGCUAGCUGUUGUAAAUGUAACCUCUUGGGCAGUACUCCCGACUAAGGAUGAAAAAGCUAUAGAAGCGGCAGUAGCUCACAUUGGACCGAUACCCAUAUCUAUUAACGCAUCACCACGUACAUUUCAACUAUACAGCAACCUGCUUAAAGAAAAGCAAUUUUUAACGUAA